AUGCCGUUUACGCCUCCUCCUGGCUCAAACAAAGAACCGCAACGGACAUCAUUGCAUCGCCAGAGUAGUUUCGAUCUGCUUGAUAUUCAGUUCGAGGAUUCGCUUGACGCUGCGUUAGAGUCCUUACAGUUGAAUACCACCGGAAGCGUUAACGGUGAAGAUAUUGAAAUGAAAAGCAUACGCGCAAACGAGGAACACAACAGUCACGCAGACACCGAACCACUCAUGCACAGCGGUCAGGGCGGCAUAAAUAGGUGGUCUGAAAACUUGCAUAGCCCUUCAAGACCAAAGACCGGUUCUGGAUUGCCAUUUUGGCGUAGACUUUGCAGUUUCAUAAGCACGUCCAGAAGUGGUAGCACGUCUCCUUACAAGUCUACUAAUGGAAUCAUAGAGCUCAAGGACCAGCAACUCGAUCGAGAAAUUCAUCCCGGGACAACACCAGUCUACGAUAAAAACAAAUAUGCACAAAACGCUAUCAGCAACGCCAAAUACAGUCCGUUAACGUUCAUACCGAUCAUACUGUAUGAACAGUUUAAAUUCUUCUUCAACCUCUAUUUUUUGAUAGUCGCUCUUUCGCAGGCUAUCCCAGCGCUACGAAUCGGAUACCUAUCUUCCUACGUUGUACCUCUAGCAUUUGUCUUAACGGUCACAAUGAGUAAAGAAGCUCUCGACGACAUUCAGAGAAGGCGAAGGGACAGUGAAUCGAACAACGAACUCUACGAAGUUCUAAGCACGGCCCAAUUGGUCCCUAGUAAGGACCUUAAAGUUGGCGACCUCAUCAAAAUAGGCAAAGGGGCCAGGGCACCCGCAGAUUUAGUGCUCUUACAGUCCAGCGAGCCGUCCGGUGAAAUUUUCAUCAAAACCGAUCAGCUUGACGGUGAAACCGAUUGGAAGCUAAGAAUAGCAUGUCCGUUAACCCAGCAUUUAUCCCAAGACGAUCUUUUAAACAAGGUAUCCAUUACGGCAUCUGCUCCUGAGACUUCCAUUAACAGCUUUUUAGGCAAGCUCAGUUAUAGCAACUCACAAUCUCAGCCUUUAUCGGUUGAUAAUACCAUGUGGGCAAACACCGUGUUUGCCUCUACGGGAACUUCAAUUGCAUGUGUCGUUUAUACCGGCACUGAUACCCGGCAAGCUAUGAACACCACAACAUCAAGCGUCAAGACUGGUCUCUUGGAGCUUGAAAUUAACAAUUUGUCAAAAAUACUGUGUGCUUGUGUUUUCGUUCUUUCAGUCACGCUCGUUGUUUUUGCUGGAUUUGAUAACAAAGAUUGGUAUCUCGAUACAAUGAGAUACUUGAUCUUAUUUUCUACAAUCAUUCCAGUCUCUUUGAGAGUCAAUUUGGAUCUAGGGAAAUCUGUUUACGCGCAUCAAAUCGAACACGAUAAAACCAUUCCUGAAACGGUCGUAAGAACAAGUACUAUACCGGAAGAUUUGGGAAGAGUAGAGUACCUGCUAAGUGACAAGACGGGAACACUGACUCAGAACGAUAUGGAACUGAAAAAGCUGCAUUUGGGAACGGUAUCGUAUACUUUGGAGACCAUGGAUAUUGUGACUGACUAUGUGAGUUCAAUGUCGUCGCAAUCGGAACCUUCGAUAGCAACUGGUGGCGCAAAGAGAGACAUGCCUACACGUGUCCGAGACCUGGUGUCGGCCCUCGCCAUAUGUCACCAAGUAACUCCGACGUUCGAAGAUGGCGAGUUAACUUACCAAGCCGCUUCUCCGGAUGAAAUAGCCAUCGUUAAGUUUUCCGAGUCCGUGGGACUCACACUUUUUAAAAGAGAUCGUCAUUCCAUGACGCUACUGCAUGACCAGUCGGGAUCAUAUCUUGAAUUUGAUAUCAAGAAGGUCUUUCCCUUCAAUUCUGAUAACAAACGAAUGGGUAUCAUAGUAUUCGACAAGCAGAGGCAGGAGUAUUGGUUUUUGCAGAAAGGAGCUGACGUUGUGAUGGCCAAGAUUGUGCAGAGCAACGAUUGGUUAGAGGAAGAAACUGGAAAUCUUGCUCGUGAGGGCCUCAGAACUUUGGUGGUAGGGCGCAAAAGAUUGACCAAAAAAGCCUUUGAUACGUUUGAGAAAGAAUAUAACGAAGCGUCACUCAUGAUGCUUAACAGAGAUGCUUCCAUGAGUGCAGCUGUUAGCAAGCAUCUGGAACAUGAUCUCGAGAUUCUAGGAUUAACCGGUGUUGAAGACAAGCUACAAGACGAUGUGAAAUCCUCUAUUGAGCUUCUACGGAAUGCCGGAAUUAAAAUUUGGAUGCUAACUGGUGACAAAGUAGAAACCGCUCGCUGCGUUUCGAUAAGUGCCAAGUUGGUUUCUCGAGGGCAGUAUGUUCACACUAUAACAAAGCUGGAUCGACCAGAGGGCGCUUUCAGUCAAUUGGAACUUUUAAAAAUAAACAAGAACUCCUGUCUCUUGAUUGACGGAGAAUCUUUAGGGGUUUACCUCGAUCAUUACAGACAGGAGUUUUUCGACGUUGUGGUACAUUUACCUGCCGUUAUCGCAUGUCGUUGUACUCCACAACAAAAAGCCGACGUCGCCACUUUCAUUCGCGAGGUUACUGGGAAGAGAGUUUGCUGUAUCGGUGAUGGUGGGAAUGACGUCAGCAUGAUUAGAUCUGCCGAUGUUGGUGUUGGAAUUGUGGGUAAAGAAGGGAAGCAAGCAUCUUUGGCAGCAGACUUUUCCGUGACACAGUUUAGUUUUCUUUCUACUUUACUGCUAUGGCAUGGUCGAAACUCAUACAAACGAUCUGCCAAGUUAGCUCAAUUUGUCAUUCACAGGGGACUUAUCAUCUCUAUCUGUCAAGCAGUUUACUCCAUAUGCUCUAAGUUCGAGCCGAUAGCUCUCUACCAAGGAUGGCUUAUGGUGGGUUAUGCCACGCUUUAUACAAUGGCUCCGGUGUUUUCGCUGACAUUGGAUCACGAUAUAGACCAAUCACUCACAAAAACUUAUCCGGAACUAUACAAGGAACUGACGGCUGGAAAAAGUCUUUCGUACAAAACAUUUUUCGUCUGGGUUGCACUAUCAUUAUUCCAAGGCUGUAUCAUUCAAGGUCUUUCCCAGGGUCUUACAAGUUUAAGCGAAGCGGAUUAUAUGCGCUUGGUUGCUUUAAGCUUUACGGGACUAGUACUUAACGAACUGAUAAUGGUCGCGAUAGAAAUCUACACAUGGAACAAGACGAUGGCACUGUCUGAACUAUUCACUCUCAUCAUAUUUGUUGGCUCGAUACCGUUUCUUCAAGAAUAUUUUGAUUUGUCUUUCGUGAUUCAGCCUACUUUUUACGGGAAGCUUGCAUUGAUACUUGGACUCUCUAUCAUGCCAGUUUGGGCUGCUAAGGCUUUGCACAGAAGGUUGAAUCCACCAAGUUACGCUAAAGUUCAGCAAUUCUCUUUUAGCUCAUGA